CUGCCAACCGUCGGUCACGUGACCCGCCAGCAUGGCGGCGCUCGGUCGUGGAGCUGGAACUGAGCUGGGGGAUGACAUCAAGUUGGCAACAUAUACUCAUGGUCAGCCCAGUUCUUCUCCAGAAGAUGCAAAAUUCAAAAGACCAAUGGUGAUGGAAAUUAUAGAAAAAAAAAUUGAAUAUCUUAGAAAAGAAAAUACAACAUUAAAUCUAUAUGGAUCUGUUUUCUUGGGAACAACAGCUGGUUUCUCUGGAAUACUGGCAAACUUUAUUUUCAGGUACUGCUUCAAGGUUCAACAUGAUGCUUUGAAGACAUACUCAUCAUUGGCCACUCUUCCGUUUUUAUCUACUAUAGUUACUUACAAACUCUUUGUAACUGAUGCUUUGUAUUCAGGUGAUAUCAGCCAGGAGAAUUGUGUGGUGAGGAGUUCACUGGUGGGCGUAUUGUGCGGUGUUCUCUAUCCCAGUGGUUUGGCUUUUUCUAAAAAUGGACGUCUGGCAGUCAAGUAUCAUACAGUCCCAUUACCACCCAAAGGAAGGGUUUUACUCCACUGGUCUCUGCUUUGUCACAGGGAGGUGAAAGCAAUGGCAAUUCCUCUGACCCUGCAAAUGCUCCUUGGAAUAAUGAAUGGUCUGCAGCAUUAUGAAGUAUUUGAAAGUAUUAGGAAUAGGGAAGAGACUGUACAUGAAGAUUAACAAACCGAUGGAUGCUAAAAUUGGAAUGGGUUUUUUUUAUGAUGAAGACUUAGGCAUUGCUGAAGAGUUAAAGUAACUCUAGACAGGCAACUUGUUUCUUUCCCUUCUGCCUGUUUUAUAUAGCAGGUACUCAAUAAAGAUUCAGUAAUUUAAUAAAAUUUGAAUUUAGUAAAAAUA